CCUCCUCGUUUACAUUUCCAAGCCAGGGCACACACAGGGGGGCUGCGAGGUGAGACUGACACGCAAUCAGUCUCGUAGGAGCUAUGGUGUGCGGUGGCGAAGCAGCAAUUCCACUUCUCCAACACAGGGGUCUCUGUAAGCAACUCGUCAAUGUCAGCUAUUUCCUUUCAAUAGCGGUCUCUUUAACUGUUAAUGAUUUCCAAAAAGAAACAAAAAUAGGGAUUACUAAUCCCGAAAAAAAAAAAAAAAAAAAAAAAAACCGCCGCCGCUGUGACUUGAGAAAAACAAACAAACAAAAAAAGAUCAGACCUUGUUCUUGUGAAAAUAAAUUGUUGGCUUCACUGGGUAAGAAACAGAUGAUGAGUUACUGCUUUCCCUCCUGCUUUCCUGCUCCUCUCCUCCUCUAGCGGGGGUUGGCUGCCCCCUUAAGCUUCCCUUCCCUGUCGCUUCUCCUCGCUGGAGCCUCUAAGCGAGUCCGAGGCUUCUUCUGUCUGUCUGCUAUACUCUUGAUAAUGAAAAGCUGCUUUUGUCUCAGAAGGAGGGACGAGGUGCCGCGAAUAACAAACCAACCAAUGAUGCCCGAAAUCCGAGACCUGUCCGAGGCUUUGCCAGAACCGCCGAUGGACCCGAUCACCGGAGUCGGUGUUGUGGUCUCGCGGAACCGAGCACCGGCUGGCUAUGAAGUAGUUUCACAAACAACAGAUGGUUUAGAUGCCGACCUCUGGAAGGAUGGCCUGUUCAAAUCCAAGGUCACGCGGUAUCUGUGUUUCACAAGAGCAUUCUCCAAAGAAAAUAGCCAUUUAGGUAAUGUGCUUGUCGACAUGAAGCUGAUUGACAUAAAGGACACCUUGCCAGUGGGCUUCAUUCCUAUGCAGGAGACCGUGGAUACGCAGGAACCAGCAUUCAGGAAGAGGAGGCUCUGUAUAAAGUUCAUUCCUCGGGACUCCACUGAAGCAGCUAUCUGCGAUAUCCGAAUCCUUGGGAGAUCCAAACAAGCUCCCCCACAGUACACCUUUAUAGGCGAGUUGAACAGCAUGGCUAUAUGGUAUCGAAUGGGACGGGUACCCAGGACGCAGGAACCCCUUGAGUUUCAAACCCCGACUUCUCAGAUACCAACUUCAGCACCGGCUCCAGCACCUAACCUGCCCAGGCACAUAUCCAUGACCCUCCCUGCCAGUUUCCGUGGUAAUAGAAACAACUCCAGACCUGACUGCGAACACCAAAGCUCAAACCUGUAUGCCAUAUCUGCAAUGGAUGGUGUGCCUUUCAUGAUUUCUGAGAAAUUUGCUUGUGCAUCCAACGACAUGCAGCAAGUUGAUUUAAUGGGCAUUACGAUCAAAUCCCUGGCAGAAAUAGAGGAAGAAUACGAGUACAGCUUCCGAACAGAACAGAGUGCUGCUGCGCGCCUUCCCCCGAGCCCCUGUAGAGGACAACUGACUCCAGAAUCCUGAGGAGAGGAAAGAGAAGGAAGCACGACUCUGAAGAGAGCAGGGUCCAUACUACUGAAAACAGGCUUGCAGGAGCAGUGCUACUGGAGUGAUAUACUUUCCCUCCCUCUCUCUCUCUCUCUAUCUCACACUUCUCUACUAACCAAUACACCACUGAAAAGCAGGAGUCGUCUUGAGUCUUUAUAACCAAACCCUCAUGUAAAAUUGACCACAAGUUCACUUACUCGUCUGUCUGUGUAAAUAAGAGCCCCCACCCUCCAUGUAUGUUAACCGUUUGUUUAUCACUUGAACUUUUUUUAAAUUUCUGCAUCGCUAAUCUGCUAAUGUACCGGCUGGUCUGCCAGUACAUUAGUAGAACGUUUUCACGGAUGACAUGCCCAUGUAACUGACAAAAGAAAACUCUUGCCAGUUGGCUGUGAGUGGUCUUGAGAAGAUUCCAGCAUGUGCUGCUGAGCCACCCCAAUCCCAGGAGACAACCAGCAGAUGAGGCGUCCGUGGCACAAACUGGAAGUAAUGAACUCUUCUCCUCUCUCACAUCCCUCUGCCUUCAGUGAGCUGCUCCGCUACAGAGAAGCCUGGGUCGCCCUCUUUAGACAUUAGAUCCUCACUGGGCUUCCAUUGUGGCCUUGGCACACAGCUUACCCACACUCCACAGCGUGCAAGAUCGAAGAAUGCAUUGCACUCUGUUCCAGAACUCCUGUCUGUGUCUAUGACAUCACACAGCCCAGCGCCAGCCAUCAGACCCGUGCUUGUUAAUCAGACCACUGGAAAAAGUGGAACACAAUAAUUCCAACUGCAAUUAUUUUUUUUAGCUAAAUCAUUUAAUUUGGGUUCUAUGCAGGGUAGUAUUGCUCCAGGUUUUUAUCCAGUGAUUUUUUAUGAGAAAAAAAUACUCUUGUUGCAUAGAUGUCCAUGACCAGUUUUGUUGUGGGGUUGGAUGAGCUUAAUCUUGUUACCUGUCAAAUAAGGUUCUUGUGAAUACUUUACCAAUAGAUCAAAGUUCCAUUCUUUUGUUGCUUAUGUAAAAAGAACAACCUUUUUCAGUAAUGAAGAAUGGAGAUUUGAUCUAGGAUUGGUACGGUGCUACACCUCUAUUUUCAUCGAUCGUGAUCAAUGUUGGGACGUUUGGGAAACUGACCCCGGAGGUAGUAUAGUCAGUGUGUGAUUUAUUAGCUACAUGGUCUGGACUUCAUAUGAAAACUUUAAAUGCCUCAAAAUGCUAUGCAAUUCUGUGAAUGAUUUACAGCAACACUGGCUAACAAGGUUAAGCACUUCCAAAUCUCAAAACUUUGUUUAUUUGUGUGCAAUGUUUAAGUAAGGAACAGGGCUACAAAGGUAUCAAACUGACACAAGCUUCCUUCAAAAUGGGAGGGUCUCCUGCUCGAAGUCCCGGUUUGUGUGAAAACAGUGUUACUUCUGAUUCUGAAUAUACGCAAUCAGAAAACAUUUCUUUUUUAUCUGUCCCAGUGUUAAAAGGAAGACUUAUUAAAUAGCUAGUAGUGUUUUUCAUAGUCCUAUAAUGUAAUUGCUGUAAUCCUGUACGUUGAUGUCAUAACCUUGUUUAAAUUCGGUUAGGUUGUAACUGCACUGAAUUGCUUUGCACUGCUCAAGUGUGUUUGGUUUGUUUGUUGAGGGAUGGCGGUGGAGUGGGGCAGGCAGUUCUCUAUUAUUUUAACUUCAUGGAUUUUGUACUGUAUGCAUUUUAUUAGCCCCUCUGUAUCUUAGUCAUUGCCACAUAGAGAAAUAUUUGGUACAGGUGGCUCCUUUUUUUAACAGUAAUAAAGAGUGAGAAAUAUAUAGUUAGUUUUGCACACCUGUGAAAAGUUUUUAAAGUUUAGAUUCACCUUGUUGUGCUCUGGCUCCAGAAAAAAAAAAAAAAAAAAAAAAGAAUACUAGACACUUUAGCCAUUUGGAUCCUGAUUUAACACAAACACUGCCAUUGUUUUACCCGAGUUACCUCAGCCAGUUUGAAUAUGCUGCAUAUUAAAUCUUGAUUAUUAGAUAUUCUUCCUCAUAGGUUACCAGAGAAGCAUGUUGGUGCUAGCUAACACACAUACAGGUUCUCCAAACAUCUGUCUUCGUGGAACGCAGGGCAUCGUGUGCUGCUGAGUUCUGGAUUCAUUCUAAAUGAUAGUGCCUCGGAAGGAGCUGCAGUGGUAUUGAGUAGCUCUGUAGUGGUGCUGUUGCUGUAAUUCAUUUGAUUUAAUUCAGGUCUUAGCUGGUAGCAGCUGCAACUGCAGUUUUGAAACAGCAAAUGUGCUAGUGAUUCUUAGCUGGAUUCUCACUGACCGCAGAUCACUCCUGCGUUUUUAACUUCUCUUUUUUUAUUUUUUAUGUAGGUUUAUUUUAUUUGUCUCUGUAACAACCCAGGAAUAUAUGAGCCAGCCGAGGCAGACAGUAAAAGUAAAACUUCGCCACGUCUAGUGUGUAGAUAAUCCCAUUUCCUUCCCUGUUUUCUGUAGAACUGUGAAAGACUUGACUCAUGCUAAGUAUUGUCUGUCCGUUGGUAGGUGGUGUCUGUGUUUAGAAGUGCAUGCAUUGUAAUACUGUGCCAGCUGCUCCUCUAUUGUGCGGGCCGCUGUACUUAUUAUUUUUUUUUGCACCCUGUAAUCCAUUGUUUGCCAAUCUGGCAAGAACUUUUUAUAUUCUUAGUUUGGUGGCAAGGCAUCCACGUCAAGCUCCAGUACUGGCGAUUCUUACAAAAUAACGAUACGGCUGCUGUUGUAAUCAGACUUGGUUAAUAGCAAGUCAACCAUAAUUGACUGAUAUGAGCGUGUGUGUGUAUAUACACACACACACACACACACACUGGAUAUGUGUGUUCUUCAGUAAGCAUUUAUAGUAGCAAAAUAUAUAUAUA